AAGGGCGGAGCCGGCCGCAGGCCCCGCCCCCUGCCCUGCGCGGCGGCCGGACCGACGGGCGCGCCCAGGUAGGGGGCCGCCGCGCGCGCAGUGCGGACCCUCGCGGGGACCUGCGCCGCCGCCACCAUGUCUCAGGAAGGUGUGGAGCUGGAGAAGAGCGUCCGGCGCCUCCGGGAGAAGUUUCACGGGAAGGUUUCCUCCAAGAAGGCGGGGACUCUGAUGAGGAAAUUUGGCAGCGACCACACCGGCGUGGGGCGCUCCAUCGUGUACGGGGUGAAGCAGAAGGACGGACAGGAACUGAGCAAUGACCUGGAUGCCCAGGACCCCCCAGAGGACAUGAAGCAGGACCAGGACAUCCAGGCGGUGGCGACCUCCCUCCUGCCGCUGACGGAAGCCAACCUGCGCAUGUUCCAGCGCGCCCAGGAGGACCUCAUCCCCGCCGUGGACCGCCAGUUCGCCUGCUCUUCCUGUGACCAUGUCUGGUGGCGCCGCGUGCCCCAGCGGAAGGAGGUGUCCCGCUGCAGGAAGUGCCGGAAGCGCUAUGACCCGGUGCCCUGCGACAAGAUGUGGGGCGUGGCGGAGUUCCACUGCCCCAAGUGUCGGCACAACUUCCGGGGCUGGGCACAGAUGGGGUCCCCGUCCCCCUGCUACGGCUGCGGCUUCCCCGUGUUUCCGACACGGAUCCUCCCUCCGCGCGGGGACCGGGACGUGGAUCGCCGCAGCACGCACACCCACUCCUGCUCGGCCGCCGACUGCUACAACCGGCGAGAGCCCCACGUGCCCGGGACGUCCUGCGCGCACCCCAAGAGCCGGAAGCAGAACCACCUACCCAAAGUCCUGCACCCCAGCAACCCCCACAUCAGCAGCGGCUCCACUGUGGCCACCUGCCUGAGCCAGGGGGACCUGGUGGAAGACCUGGACAACCUCAUUCUGGAGGACCUGCAGGAGGAGGAGGAGGAGGAGGAGGAGGAGGGUGGGCGCGGGGACUGACCUUCCCAGGGGCAGAGGCAAACAGACACGCUCUGUGGAUCUUUUGUGUUGUUAUAAAAUGUGCGCUCAAACCGA